AUGAGGGAAUUGCCUUUACUAGCAUUAACAUUUAACGCAGAAGAUUUUAGACGCAUUAAUGGCCUGCACAAUGACGCUUUGGUGAGGGCAAGGUGUGACAAUGCUCAUGAAGGGUCGACUGAAUACUGGUAUGAAAAGCUGAGAAAUACCCCGAUUCCGGAAGUUGUCCAUGGGAUCCUGGUUACAUGUAAAAAUUUAGGACUCAAUUUUCUUCUUCUUCUUCUCAAUUUUACUCUACAGCUAAUUUUCUAUGUCAAAACAGAUUUGGACAUCACUUUCUGGAAUAUGGGAGCCGAUGAUGAUUUGGGUGCCUUUAUGUUAAACGACACUAAGGUGAGAUACGACCAUCCACUCGGAAAUAUGACAGAUUCGGUUGCUUUUAUGUUAAAUGAUGUUAAUUGGAAAUAUGAUCAUCCAGUCCAUAAUAUGACAGAUUUAGCUGCUUUUAUGUUAAAUGAUGCUAAGGUGAAAUACGACCAUCCAGCAAAAAAUAUGAUCGUCGAGAAGAUUGGCUUUACCGCUUUUUUCUUGUACGAUGAUUUUCGAGUUGGAAUGAAGCUCAGACUUCUUCCCUCUAACCCUGUAAACAGUGCAAAGAUUUUGCCUAGACAUGCUGACAACUCCAUCCCGUUUUCUGUUGACCAGUUACCCUGGAUUCUGAGAAAGUUCUCCAUCAAGCCUGGGUCUGUACGGGCCAAGAUGAUUGCCAAUGUAGUGGAGGGAUGCCGGUCACAGAUUAAAGGAGAGCACAGACAAUGUGUCAAUCCAUCGAGGAAAUGA